AACCAGAGGGCAAAGUAUCCCUCGGACAGGGAGCCGGGCGAGGGCAUCGACUCUGAACACAUCAGGGACUUUGGCUCAGAGCAGCCUGCACAACUAAAGGGAAAGGCCAAGAGGAAGAAAGCGAGACGGCGGGACGGAGAUGCAGACCUGAAGGAUGAAGCCGAAGAGGCUCUGUCUUCCGUCCUGGAGGAUGAAGAUGAGGCCAGCUGUGACGAGGGAGAGACCGAUCAGCUUUGCCCAAAAUCACAGUCGACUGAAGCCCUUUGCAGCAGUUUGCAAGAACUUUCCCGAAGCAAACCCACUCACCGAUCACCUAGCCACAGUCCCAGCCGCGGAGUCGGGCCGGUGGACCUGAAACGGGAGAAUGCGACGCUCCGCGACGAGCUCCAGGACACCAAGCAGGAGCUGCAGCGUCGCCUGGACGACCUGGAGAGCCAGCGACGCGCUGAGACGGAGGCCCGCACCAAGCUGAAGCAGCUGGGCCGCAAGCACUCCACCCAGACGGAGCAGCUCCGCCACAAGGCCCAGGAACAGCAGGAGGAGAGGCAGCGCCUGGACAAACAGCUGGAGGAGCAGAUCAAGGAGAGCGCCAGGCUGAAGGAGGCGUUGACCGCGCUGGAGGGCCGUGCGAUGGAGAGCCAGAAGGAGAGGAAGGCGGAGGCCGAGGACGAGCGAAGGGAGUGCGACGGGCUGAGGGAGGCCCUGUCGGAGAUGGAGAGCAAGGGCUGCGAGCUGCAGGAGGAGAGCGCCCGGAUGAAGGAGGACCUGGAGGCCCUGAGGGUGGAGCUGUCCCAGGAGCGCGAGGACCGUGAGAAGGGCCGUGAGGAGGAGCGGCAGGGCAAGGAGGAGGGACUGGGGACGGAGGACCUGCUGACCAAGGUGGCAGAACUGGAGGGGGAGCUGGAGGAGCUCAGAAAAGCUCCAAAGGAGAACCUCCCGUUGAAAUAUUUACCGCUCAACUGCAGCUGCGACAACAAAGCCAUGGUCUUCAACGACGAGGACAUUAUCCCAUCCCCUGUUGACCAUGUCUCCUUCUGCCAAGCUGUCAACCUGCAGAACACCAUGGUCUCCCAAGAAGCAUCCACCAAGAGCCUCAUCACUGACCUGGGAGCCUCCAAGAAGCUGGUCGAACACUCCAGAAAUGAGAAGGAAGCCAGGAGCUCCAGCCUGGCCCAGGACGUGGCGUGCCUGAGGGACGAGUGUGACUCUCUGCGUGCGGAGCGGGACCUGGAGGCCGGCAAGGCCAAGGCGGCCCAGAACCGGCUGGAGGUCCUUCAGAAGCAGGUGACCAGUCAGACUAAGCAGCUGACGCAGGCCUUCGAGAACCAGAGCAGCCACAUUGAGGGUCUGCUGCUGGAGCUGCAGCAGCGAGAUACCGCCCUCCAGAGGCAGCAAGAGGAACUGCACCUUUGCCAAGAGGAAAUGUCUCUGCUUAGAGCAGCUAAGGAGAUGGUGGAGACAGAGCUUACAAAAGAGGUGUCUGCCAGUUCAGAUGUUGCCAAAGAGGUUUCUGCCAGUUCAGAUGAUGUCACUGAAGAUAAAAAUAAGCCUGAAGCACUCUGUGAUAGAAUGGAAAAUACUAAAGCCAAAACACUAGAUAGAGAGACUGAAGACUUGUCCAUCAAGAACGCCUCAAUCACUUCCUCCCACAUUGAACCCCAAGCUGGAGAGCAGCCGAAUGAGGUGAUAUCGAGUAACACUAGUAAUGUUCCAUUACAGACUAAUGUCCGUGACGUAAGCCUGACAGAUGUUCUGUCUGGCCCGCCGGAGUGUGCAAUCGCAACCUCUGGAAGCACAGUUGCCCUUGUGGAAGUUUCUGGAAACUCGAAUGAAAAGAGCUCAGUGCACGCUGACCCCACUGUUCAGAGAAGCCGUAGUGAAGUGCCACUGGAGCCUCGAGACCGCCGACAUGAGAGUCCAGCUGCUGCAUUUGCUAGCGAACAGAUGGAGCAAUCCCACAAUUCCACACUCCAGCCGAGCCCCACAGAUGUCCUUGCCCGUGACGUGAAAACUGUGACGAAGGUAGCCGAAGAGUUACUGGAGAGCCAGAGGGAGGUCGACCUGCUCAGGACCCAGAAUGCCCAGCUGACUCAGAAGUUGAAGGAAGCAUCAGUGGAGGCAACGCAGUCGGUCCGCAUGGAGAAUGAGCAGCUAAGAUCCAGGCUGAAGCUGUUGGAGACGGCCAGCGUCCACAUCCAGGACUGUUUGCCCACAGAUGGAGAGGAUGGCGGUGCUUUGCGACUGUGCGCUGAAGGCCAAGGGGAUCUGUUUAUCAAAGCCUCUGUUCCCUCAGUUCAGCCUGUUCCACUGCAGUCAGAGGCCACUGCAGAAACGGAGGCCGCUACAGAAAAGAUAGCCGCUGCAGAAACGGAGGCCACUGCAGAAACGGAGGCCGCUGCAGAAAGAAGCAGUGAGGAUAUACCUCAUGGAGAGGCUGAAAACUCAGAGGAGAGUGUUCCCUCAGUUCAGCCUGUUCCACAGCAGUCAGAGGCCACUGCAAAAACGGAGGCCACUGCAGAAAGAAGCAGUGAGGAUACACCUCAUCGAGAGGCCGCUGCAGAAACGGAGGCCGCUGUGAAGAGAAGCAGUGAGGAUACACCUCAUCGAGAGGCCGCUGUGGAGAGAAGCAGUGAGGAUACACCUCAUGAUGAGGCCGCUGUGGACAGAAGCAGUGAGGAUACACCUCAUCGAGAGGCCGCUGUGGAGAGAAGCAGUGAGGAUACACCUCAUCGAGAGGCCGCUGUGGAGAGAAGCAGUGAGGAUACACCUCAUGAUGAGGCCGCUGUGGAGAGUAGCAGUGAGGAUACACCUCAUGAUGAGGCCGCUGUGGAGAGAAGCAGUGAGGAUACACCUCAUGAUGAGGCCGCUGUGGAGAGUAGCAGUGAGGAUACACCUCAUGAUGAGGCCGCUGUGGAGAGAAGCAGUGAGGAUACACCUCAUGAUGAGGCCGCUGUGGAGAGAAGCAGUGAGGAUACACCUCAUCGAGAGGAGACUUCCCCCCACUCAAACAUAACCUCGCAUGAGCAACAGCUGCAGGCCCUGCUCUCAGAGCUGCAGCGGCUGACCGAGGAGAAUGGGCGGCAGGCCGAGGAGCUGGAGCUGUGGAGGGUCACGUCCCAAGAGCCCCCGGAGUUGUUGCCAGGGCCAACGGCUGGUCACCAUGGGGACGGUGACAGCAUAGUGCUGGUGCGGGAAGACCAUAUCCUCCUCUCCUGCGGAGCAAACAGGAUGGGAGGACAGAUCCUGGAAACGAGGUCUGAGAUACACCACCAUCAGUCAGAAGAGGCGAGCCAUCACCCCAGCAGUGCCACCACACAACCCCAGCAGCACACUCCUGCGCCACCCAGAGAAGAGGUUGAAUAUGCAUCUUUAAAGAGCUCUGAGUGUGAAGAUGGAGCGCCGACACAUGAGGUGAGCUCACGGCGAGGAGUGGAACCGAUGACCAACGCCCCGCCGGGCAGCGCCGGUGAUUUAUGGGCCCAGACCGCUGGCACUGACCCCGCGGGAGGUGAUAACACUACAGAACCACCGCAAGACUCGCUCACUGAAACCAAAACAGUCGGACAAGCUGAUAAAGAGUAUCAGUUGGCAGGACCUCACACUCCCAGAGCCAGUGCCAAAGCCAACAGUCUCCCGGCCGCAGCUAGUCGGGAGCGGAUCGCGGUCGCGGUCACGGUCACGGUCACGGAAGCUUUUGAAGACGCCGUGCCACAGACCAGAGCGGGCGACUCCGGGACGGACGUGGCCCACGCUGAGAGGGAGUCCCUGAGAGCCUCAGCUGAUGGGGGGGUGGGGAGUGCGUCAGCGAUGCCGUGUGAAAUGUGCCCUACGGAAACACACCAGCGCAGCACCGAGGGUGCCGGGGAGAACUUCAGACCACCAGAGGCCAGUAGGGCUGGAGCUGAAGGUCGUCCGGAGGUCAUGGGCUUUGAGAGCGCGCAGGUCGGUAGGGGGGUGAAGAGCGCGGCCACUCAGACGGAUGAGACCGCAGAGAGCGCGGAGAACACUCCUCAUCGUCACCAGAAGGGGGCAGUCCUGGACGCUGGCACACAGACCGACGGAGGAGAGGAAGAGGAAGAGGAGGAGGAAGAUGAACUGACCGACUCGCCGUGCCCCUCGCCAGAGCAGGCGGCGGAGUGCGAGAAGCUUCUGCGGUCCAGCUCGUUCCCCAUCCCGGCCAACCCGGCACACCUGGCCGAGCGCAUCCGGCGCAACCGCAGCCGCAUGUCGGCCGCUUACGACGACACCGAGUACGAGCCCUACGGUCUGCCUGAGGUCGUCAUGAAAGGUUUUGCUGAUAUCCCCAGUGGCCCUGCCUGCCCCUAUGUGCUCAGGAGGGGUCUGCUGGGAACCCCAGCCGUGCCUCUCCCAGUGCGGGAAGAGGACAGUAAGCUGGACCCCUAAAGCCCACAGAAGUUGUGUGUCUGCAGGUUGUGGCCGUCUCCUGUCUUGGUUGAAGCAGGCAGCACAACUACACCAGCUCUGCUAUGCUAUGAAGAAGACACCCCAUUUUGCCUGCCAGCUGCUCUGACAUGUUUUUCACUCAAGUGUGUGUGGAGUUCUAAAUGGAUACGGGUGUUGAUGUGGGACCAAGAACCCAGUGGGAUGAUUGAGCGCCUUUAUGACCUUAUUUUUAUAUUCCUGGGGACACUAACCUUGGGAGACAGACUGUAUAUGUGCUUUAGCCGAGGAGGGAAUAUCCUGCUUUAAAGAAACAAAACUUGAAUUUGUGAAUAGCCUUAUUUAUAGAUCACACUGCCAUAGAUGAAUACAUGCGAGUGAGUUUGCGUGCUGGAAGUGUGUUUUUUUUUUGUGUGUGUGUG